UCGCAAACAUACUAAGGAAUAUCGGCCAUACCAACACAUGCGUAUAUUUGAUAAAAUCCCAAUCUCGUUUUGACAUUUCUAGUCAUCUCUUUGGUUCAUUCAUGUCCAGAUAUUUUGGGGGUCUCUGCGUUUAUCCCUCCGCACGAGUCACUGUUCACUAUUAUUGUCAGUUUUGGCGACGAGACCGAAGGGAACAGGUCUCAUUAUCUUUGAUCGCUCAAUUCUAGCUCAGGGAUCGCCACUCAUUGGUCGGCUUAAAGUGCGGUGUAAGUUAUUGAGUGUGAAUUGAUAUUUUCAAGGACAUCAUGGACUCGCCCCCACUCCACGGGGAAAACAGUUUGGUGUUCGUGGAUCCCCCGCCGAUUUUCACAGAGUUGCUGGAGCUCUACAAGUACGACGAUGGAUGCCAGGAAUGGAAAGAAGUUUCGCGAUGGAUCAAAUACGAGGAAGACGUUUUGGAGCAAGGCAAUCGUUGGAGCAGACCCCACGUGUCUACCCCAUCGUUGGAAAGCUGGCUGUCGCUGAGGCAAAAUUUUCGUAGCGGCUUGAUUAUGAUCGACUUUGAAGCGAAGGAUUUCAGCCAUCUCAUUGAUCUGGUCAACUACCAGCUUAUGCAGGAGGAAAGAGUGACUCAAGAUCAAAGUGUGAAACUUAAAGAGUUGUGGAAAAAGAAGCAUCGGCAUCAGUUUGAGGGUCCCAGGAAAGUGGAGGGCAAUCUCUCCAAAGUUAUAAAGGACUUGUUGGUUCAAAAGCUGGAAAAUAAGGCUGUUGCCAGUGGAUUGAGGGUACCAAGCCGAGGCAAUUCUCAGCCAGGAAGUCGGAGAGGCUCCUUCCAAGCUUCAAGGCAAUUGGAUGAUACGCAACCAGCGACAAAUGGGACUCGUGGAAGGGGACUUCUUGACGACGGCAAAGUUAAUAUCUACUUGCAAAAGAAAAUCAUCCCAGGCAGUGAAGCCUUCAUUAUUUUGGAGGGAAUGGUGGGUUUCAUAGAAAAGCCUAUAUCAGUUUUUAUACGCAUGGCGAAGCCGAUUGUUCUUGGGGAUCUUCCGGAAGUGGACAUUCCAACUCGUUACAUCUACUUUUUCUUGGCCCCAAUAACUCAGAGCGGUACUUCACCUGACGAUAAUACUCCUUUCAAAAACGCCAGUUUGGGUGUCUCAUUGGCCACGGCCAUGACGGAUAAAAACUUUGCCGCUGCCAUAUUUAAUGCACCAACCUCUAAGGACGUUCUCGAUGCCUUUGAUGGUUAUACUCAUGGGCUGAAAAUUCUACCCCGGGACUUUGACACUGAAACCAACAUGAUUGAGCCACCUGCUAAUAAAAGUGCUGCCAAGAUCACUGAUGAAAUGGAGGAAAUUGAUGAGGAUCGACGAAUGAGGGAACAAUCAGGAUUGGUGAGAAGCGGAAGGCUCUUCGGAGGCCUAAUUGAAGACAUCAAACGGAAAAAACCUCAUUAUCUCAGCGAUCUUUGGGAUGGGUUCCAUCCUCAAUGCAUCUCCUCUUUUCUAUUUCUGUAUUUCGCAUGCUUGGCACCGAUCGUGGCAUUUGGCGGACUUUUGGGAGAGGCCACGGAAAAUCGAAUUGCCACCAUCGAAUCACUCAUUUCUGGUUUGAUUAGUAGUGUCCUAUUUGGAUUAUUUGCCGGACAACCUUUAAUCAUUCUGGGUUCAACUGGACCAGUUUACGUGUUUGAAAAGAUCCUUUAUUCGUUGUGCAAUGAUCAAAACUGGGAUUACCUCUCUCUCCGAUUGUGGAUCGGUAUCUGGGUCGGAAUCAUUCUCUUCCUUUUAGUUAUGUUUGAUGCUAGUGCCUAUGUUUGUUACAUCACAAGAUUUACAGAGGAGUUAUUUGCAACCUUGAUUGCCUUCAUCUUCAUCUUUAAUGCCAUGAAAAAUUUGUACGGCAUCAGCCAACAAACAGAUUUCGCGCCCCCUGGAGAUGAUAUUUCCUGCCAAUGUGAAGUUGGCCCCAACACUCCCGAAAAGAGUAAAUUGAUGUGGUCCAAUAUCACACGAUACGAUUGCCUUAACCAUAAUGGUAUCUUGGAAGGACCCGGCUGUUCCUAUGACCCGAACGUGUUUCUCAUGUCCUUGGUUUUGUUCUUUGGCACUUUCAUCAUAAGUUUUACUUUGAAGAACUUUAGGAAUACCGGUUACUUCCCCGGGAAGAUCAGAAGUUUUCUCUCUGACUUUGCUGUUAUCAUUGCCAUCUUGUCAAUGACAGGUCUAAGUGCCCUCUCUCAAGUGAAAGGGACCCCGAAGCUAGUUGUUCCGGACUCUUUUAAGCCUACAUGGGAAGGGCGGGAUUGGAUCGUUACACAUGCACUGAUAUUUCCAGACCAUGUUGGAGCCAACCCACUUUGGGUGGAUUUUGUUCUGGCUCCCGUGUUUGCCAUAUUAGCUACUAUCUUGAUCUUCAUGGACCAGCAAAUCACAGCUGUGAUUGUGAAUCGCAAAGAACACAAGCUAGUCAAAGGAUGUGGAUAUCACCUUGAUCUGACGGUUUUGGCCUUCAUCAUAAUCAUAUGCUCGGUCUUUGGAUUACCUUGGUUCGUGGCAGCUACCGUCCUAUCCAUUAAUCAUAUUCAGUCGCUAGCCAAGGAAUCCGAAUGUUCAGCUCCAGGCGAAAAGCCACAAUUUCUAGGAAUCCGGGAACAAAGAGUAACAGCCAUUUUGAUUGGGGUGUGCAUUGGUCUCUCCACAUUAAUCACUCCAGUUCUGGCCUUAAUUCCAAUGCCGGUGCUGUUCGGUGUGUUCCUGUUCAUGGGAGUUUCUUCUCUGAAAGGGCUUCAAUUCUUUGAUCGAAUCUUGUUACUCUUCAUCCCCAAGAAAUACCAGCCUGACUAUGCGUUCUUGAAGUAUGUUCCCAUUCACAAGGUGCACUUGUUCACGGUAAUCCAGCUAUUUUCCUUGGUGUCACUUUGGCUCAUCAAGAACAAUCCGACCACUUCAAUCAGUUUUCCGGUAAUGUUGGUGGUCAUUUGCGCCAUCCGAAAGCUCUUGGAAUGCAUUUUUAACCGACGAGAACUGAGAGCACUGGAUGAUCUGCUUCCCGAAAGUUCCAACAAGACACGCCGCGAUGGAGGUAGCUUCUUCGAUCGAAUUCAUCGAUCGGAUUGGGAUGAAGAUGAUGGCCCUUCAGACCAACCUCAUGAUGAAGUCAGACAAUUGCUGGGUUCGCAAGAAGAAAAGACUACCCAUUUCAUCAAGGAGUUGGAGGAUUACUCAAAGAGUAAUUUGAAGGUCAAAGCUAAACAGUUUUCAGCGAUGGGAGUCAGACCACGUGGCAAAAGCAUCUCCGCCGGAUCGACCAUACAAACCAAGGCAACCAAGCAUCUCAUCUUCGUGAAGUUGAAUCAUCAGAAUGUGUUCACUCCAUUGAACUUGAACGUGAAGACGGUUAUUGGUCUUAUCCGACGGUUGGAGGCCAAAUUUCCGGGCCAAAUUCAGCCCAGUCAAAUUGAACACUUGUUCCAAAGGAGUAGGAGGAACUUGACUUUUAUUUUGGAUGACGAUAUGAUGGACUUUAUUGAGCCAAAUGAGGUUUUCGAUAUUGAGCUCGAGGAAAACGACAAUGGAAAAGUGAAUAUCACUCUGGUAGCGGUGGAGAAAGAUUGAGAGUGGAUCGGUUUUUAUUUUCUUAAUAUUCGAACAAAUCAUAUUGAAGGACUUUCGACUUUGGUCUUGUCUAUAGCAAAGUAUAUAUUGUAUGGUACACAUAGUUUCUGCCGGUCAUUUCCAUGGAAAAAUGCAGUCAAAGAAUCUCGCGGAAGACUGAUCCGGACGAUCAAACGACGAUAAUGAUAAUAACGGUAUUCUAAUCUAUGAACAAUUUGAAUAUUCAUUGUACAAAACAUGAUUUUGUGAGGCCUGUAAAUAAAUGUGGAACAUGAAAUUGCAAAA